CACUCUUCAGAGGCCCUUUAUUCACUCGGCAGCCAUGGCUAAACUACUGUAACUUCAAGCCGGCAUUCAUCGCUCACUCCUCUAAUCUUCGAACUUCCGACGGCAGCCUGAACGUAGUUCCGCCCCUGCUUACCAGUAACAAUGGCGCCUAAAAAGAUCAAGAAGAAAGAUGAACCUAUCAAAAUUAAACUAACGGAGGAACAAAGAAGGAAGUUCAAGGUGACAAGAACGUGGAGAAAAUACUUCCAGAGCAAGAUUAGGCAUCAGAAAACUUACAUUUGCUGGGCAAUAGGAGGUUCGGCUCUUCUUGAGGCAAAAUACAAUAGAAGCUGUAUCAGUGAUGACGAUUGGGAGGAGUUGUCUCCGCAAUUCCUCGUCAACAAAUUGUGCGGUCCAGGAGAUCUCGCCAUGAGAAAGUUCAAACCGGUCAAUGAAUUUCUACAAACUACUGGUAUAUGCACCGAGGAGCAUUGCAAGUACUUGGGUAUUUUGCCGAAUGAUUAUCAGCAAUGUCAACCGCAACCUCCGUUUUUCAUCAUCGACGCCGAUCCGAUUGAAAAAGAAGGCAAAAUUUCUGAUGAUUAUAUUGAAGGACUUUUCAGUCAAGGACCCGUGCUCGGCAUCUUUGCCGCUUAUCAGAGUUUUGGUGCUCUACAGGAAGGGGAAAUUUGGACAGGUCCAAAAAGAGGAGAUAAACAUUUAGGAGCUGAUCAUGCUGUGGUGAUAACCGACAUUGGUUCAAAAACUGAAGACAAUGGGGAAGUAACUCACUUUUGGUCAGUGAGAAAUUCUGCGGGUACGAACUGGGCAGAUAAGGGCUAUGGACUCGUGCAUCGAAGGCCCGGACAACCGUCACUCUUUACUCAAGUUUGGUGUCCCGAGAUAGUUCGCAUGAGGCCUUAGUCUAUCCACUGCUAGUUGAAGAUUUAGAAGAUUAUGGGUUUUUUGAAGAGUUAUUUUAUUUUAUAAACUGUUGCAUUUGCUAUUAUGAUUUUAAAAUUGUUGUUGUGGGAAGUUCAGUCUUUGCUAGAGUGACAAAUUUGUUUAGAAAUGGAGUACAUGGCUUUCUGUUAGAGCUUAAUUAGAAGUAUGUGUGUUUUUGAAUGAUUUAGCUGGGAUAUUUAACUGUUUAGAACUAUUGUUUGUGAAUUUUAAUCCAUGAUUAA